AUGACCUCUUUAACGAACGAUGACUACGCAAUCGCGUGGAUAUGCGCCUUGCCGCUGGAGAUGGCGGCAGCGAGGGUCAUGCUGGAUAGAAUCCAUAAUCCCUUACCUAAACUGCCCACUGAUCCGAACGCGUAUGUGCUUGGUGAAUUGAACGGCCAUUAUAUUGUCGUUGCUUGCCUACCAACAGGUGUAUAUGGAACAAUAUCGGCUGCAACUGUCGUGUCUCAUGUGGUUUCAACUUUUCCGCGGAUCCAAUUUGGACUGAUGGUAGGAAUUGGAGGAGGUGUCCCAAGCACAAGCAAUGACAUUCGGUUAGGUGAUGUGGUGAUCAGCAAGCCGGAUGGAAAGUAUAGUGGGGUGUACAUAUGA